CAACCAGGAUCACAGUCGAGCCUCACCAGCCGUCGCGAACACAACUAAGAAUCGAAAAAGAACCAAUCUUCAAAUCAAAGAAUGGCACCCUCAAACAUGGAUUACCACAUCGAGUCGGAGACCAGCGAAAUCUACACUCACAAGAAAUUCAAGACCUCGGCGUAUACCCACAAAAAGUUCGGCAAGAAGAGCAGCAAGGAGGCUGUCAGUCCCACCGCCACUGCCACACCUCUGUUCCGGCCCUACGCCCUCAGCGAAAACACACCUCGAAAGCGCCGUCAGGAAACGGAACGAGUCCAACAGUAUCCAGUCCACCAGCACUCGUUGCCACCCACUCCGCCCACCACCCCUCCACAAGAGCCGGCCGCUCAGUAUCCAGCAACUACCACGCCCACCUCACCGGUUUUUAGCCACCAGGCCUACGCCUAUAUGCUCCAGAAGCAACGGGCCGUGCUCCAGAUGCGCCAACUCCUCGCCAUCAAUCCUGAUGCCAACACCUGGCCAGUGGAAUGGCGCCAGGCCCUCCAGGCACUGCUGCAGCAGUGAGCGGGAGCAGGAUUACCAGAACGAAGCCAGAAGAAUGGAGUGAUUUGCCUAGCAACCAGUGAUAUAGACCUUUAAGUACCCGCGGACGAUUGUACCAUAUAGAAAAUGUGAAAUGAAGCGAUACGAGUAGCAUAAUACUAGACUAAUUGUAUA